AUGGAUAGUUAUAGCGACUUAACUCUUUCAGAGAGAUUUGAUUUGAAUGGAAAUCAAUGAAUCAAAUUGAGGCCAUUGCCAAAUUCCGAUUUCUCUUGCAAUUCUAUAGUCUUUAAUGGGGAUAUUUUGAUUUCUGGAGCGAUGUCUUGCAAUCUUUUGCAUACUCAAUUAAUAGCAAUUCAUUCAUGAGAAUUCCGUUUAAAUGUGGUAAUGGGAAAAUUUAUGAAAGCAAUUUGAGAUGAGGCUGUUUAG